GCGGAGUAUGGGGCUCAUUCGAACGCGUAAUUUAAAUUAACGUCGCGUUCUAGUGUUCACAACCCUUUGCUAACCUUUUCCAUAUUAGGAGAACAGAUCAACAGAUCACUUUUAGAGUCUAGCAAUUCAGUGCUACUCUACGUAACUUGUUACGUGGCUUUGCAAGGUACCUAGGUAGGUAUAUACCGAUUUCUACUAUACUAGUUUGUUGAUUUGAUCGGUAGUUGCCCGAUUCUCCACCCACGUCGCGUUCUAAAUCGGUCCUUUGGAAAUUGCUAGGCUAUGCGGCAUCGAACAAGUGUUUGUAUAAAUAAUCUCUCUUGGCGACAGUAGGUAUGUAGGAUUACUCAUUUUGAUGGUUGGAAGACAACCAAGUCAUUUUUCCAUCAAGAUACACACUCGUUACUAUUCGAAAUCAUGCGGACAUCUUCAAUGCAGCCGUUGCUCGCGGCUGUGUCGUUGAUGGGGGUCGACAGCGUGGCCGCGGCCCUGUAUAAAUCAGUUCUCAACACAAACUACGGACCGGUGCAAGGGUAUCCCGCGUUCAACAGCUCUCCGGCGGGAAAUACUGUCACUAACUGGGCUGAUGUCGCCGUAUUCAAGAACAUCCCGUAUGGAGCAGAUACGUCCGGCAAGAAUCGAUGGAAAGCACCACAGCCGGUGACACCAUGGAACACUACGCGCGAUGCGAAGGAGUUUGGUCUUACCUGCCCCGGUGAAUCGGGCUCAGGGUAUGCCUAUGGCGAGGACUGUCUGAGUGUCAACAUCUGGACUGCGGCAAAGUCGACCUCCGAUGGCCUUCCCGUUAUUCUAUGGCACCACCCGGCCGGUGGGUCUGGCCCCGAUCCUCUAUUUGACGGCGCCGGCAUGGCAUCUAAGGGUGUCGUGUUCGUUAACUGCAACCGUCGUGACGGCCCAUUGGGCUGGCUAGGCCACCCUCAAUUGAACGAGGAGAUGAUGGCAACGUUCGGCACCAACUCCUCAGGCAAUUGGGGUUUGCUUGACGAAUUCGCAGCCCUCAACUGGACAUAUCACAACAUCGCCUCUUUCGGCGGCGACCCAAAACGUAUCACCGUCGUCGGCCAAUCUGCCGGAUCUGCUGCUGUUUACCACACUGUCAACAGCGACUUGACCAAGGGUCAGAUAUUCGCUGCAAUUGCCGAGUCUGGCGUGCGUGAUCCUCGGGAUCCUUUAGCCACCUCGCUGGCGGAAGGUUACAACAAUUUGAGCUACACCCUGUCUACGGGUAUCGCCUACCUAGCCGCUAACAAUCUCACCACCAUCGACGAACUUCGUCAAGUUCCGCUUGCCGAUCUCUUAGACGGAAAUUCUUCUUCUGUCGGCCCCACCUCUAUUUCGUACAACUUCCGACCGACCCUUGAUUACUGGGCUAUGCCGCGCAAGUACAUCGACCAGCUGCACACGGGGCCCGGCAAUGAUGUUCCAUUCAUGACUGGCAACACUAAGGAUGAAUCUGGCGCAGCUUAUGGCCUCAACAUCACCGUUGCGGACUAUCUUGAGAAGAUGCAAGACCAAUACGGAAAUCUAACAUCUCAGGCACUCAAGCUGUACCCCUAUUCCAACGACACUCAGGCUUCCAUGUCGUACAAUGCUAUGUGGCGCGAUACCUCUCUCGUGUCGUCCUGGGGUUUCGCCAAAGGCUGGCGAUCAUCCGCCAAGUCUGAGAUAUACACCUAUUACUGGGAUCAUGCCCCGCCAGGACAGGACAUGGGCGCACACCACGAGUCCGAGAUCAACUACGCGCUCAACAACUUAUACGGCACAGACCUUCCGUGGCAGGCGGAGGACUAUGAUAUCGCCGAACGCCUGAGCUCGUACUGGGCCAACUUUGCUAAGACAGGGGACCCGAACAAGGGGUCGAGUUACACAGGGAAUGGAACCCUGACUCCUUAUUACCCGUCGCCGGCGAAUGAGACUAUCACCAUGCAUGUCGGUAACGGGUGGGGGAUGGUGCCGAUUGCGAAUGGCGAGCAGGUGAAAUUCCUGGAAAGUUAUUUUGCCUUACAGACGCCUCUGUAAGGAGCAUGUAGUGGAUAGUCGUCGAGCCAACCCGAUAUAGAUUAUAGAGCACUUCCGGCCCGAUGCUAGGUGUAGAUUGGUGUUUUUUCUUUCCAUGUAGAUUACUUUUUGGCCCACCCGCCAACGGCUCCGCAGCUGCCCCAAAGCUGCCCACUCGCAUAAUUACCUAGGUAGUUAAAUUUGAAACUAUUUUAUUUGUUAUAUAUGCGCUUUGUACCUUGAGGCUGUGCUAUUUUUGAUUGAGCUCUUGGCGAUGUUGCUAGUCAAUAUCGUCAAACCGUGAAAGUCCUGGUUUCGCAGUGUAUGAAAGUCAUGGAAUGAGCACCUAGGUAGGUAGCUAGGUAGGUAAGUUCGAUUUUGCUAUCUCGUAAAUGGCAGGAGAGGAUAAGAUGAUGUAUUAUUCCAAGUUUCUAGAAUUCAAGCAAGUCGAGAAAUGUUCUUGUGUACCCCUCACGGUGCGAGUAGCACCUUCCACCUUUGUACCUUGUCGCCAGUUUGAUCUUCCUUGCAUAAGUGCCCUACAACCCUUGUCGCGCUAGACUCGGCAUUCGAGAUACCCAGAUGCGGAAGGUGGGGCUUCCAAAAUCAUUAUGGAUUCGCUGGCGCCCAUAUCAUCUCGUGUUCUCGAUUUCCUCGCCUAUUCAUCCUUUCAACAAA